GCCGCUUCCUCGGCUGAGUCCGCCCGCGGUCCCGGCGGCUCCAGGUGUGUUCACCCCGCCCAGCUGCCAGAGCCCGCCGCCGCCGUAGCUGCCCUGGGCUCCUCGCCCCGCUUCCGAGAUGGCGACGCGCUCCUGCCGGGAGAAGGCUCAGAAGCUGAAUGAGCAGCACCAGCUCAUCUUGUCCAAGCUGCUGAGGGAGGAGGACAACAAGUACUGCGCCGACUGCGAGGCCAAAGGUCCUCGAUGGGCUUCCUGGAAUAUUGGUGUGUUUAUUUGCAUCAGAUGUGCUGGAAUCCAUAGAAAUCUUGGGGUUCAUAUAUCCAGGGUCAAGUCAGUCAACUUAGACCAAUGGACACCAGAACAGAUACAGUGCAUGCAAGAUAUGGGAAAUACUAAAGCAAGACUACUCUAUGAAGCCAAUCUUCCAGAGAAUUUUCGAAGACCACAGACAGAUCAAGCAGUGGAAUUUUUCAUCAGAGAUAAAUAUGAAAAGAAGAAAUACUACGAUAAAAAUGCAAUAGCUAUUACAAAUAUUUCCUCCUCUGAUGCUCCUCUUCAGCCUUUGGUGUCCUCUCCUUCUCUACAAUCUGCUGUUGAGAAAAACAAAUUGGAGAAAGAAAAGGAAAAAAAAAAGGAAGAGAAAAAGAAAGAAAAGGAACCAGAAAAGCCUGCAAAACCUCUUACAACUGAAAAGCUGCAGAAGAAAGAAGAUCAGCAGUUGGAGCCUAAAAAAAGUACCAGCCCUAAAAAAACUGCAGAGCCCACUGUUGAUCUUUUAGGACUUGAUGGCCCUGCCGAGGCACCAGUGACCAAUGGGAACACAACCACGGUGCCAUCCCUGAAUGAUGAUCUGGACAUCUUUGGACCAAUGAUUUCUAAUCCCUUACCUGCAACGGUCAUACCCGCAGCUCAGGGGACGCCCUCUAUACCUGCAGCUGCCACUCUGUCUACAGUAAUAUCUGGAGAUCUAGAUCUCUUCACUGAGCAAGCUACAAAGUCAGAAGAGGUAGCAAAGAAACAACUCUCCAAAGAUUCCAUCUUAUCUCUGUAUGGCACAGGAACCAUUCAGCAGCAGAGUACUCCUGGUGUGUUUAUGGGACCCACAAAUAUACCAUUUACCUCACAAGCACCGACUGCAUUUCAAAGUUUUCCACCAAUGGGCGUGCCUGUGCCUGCACCUGCAGCUCCUGGCCUUCUAGGAAAUGUGAUGGGACAGAGUACAAGCAUGAUGGUGGGCAUGCCCAUGCCCAAUGGGUUUAUGGGAAACGCACAAACUGGUGUGAUGCCACUUCCCCCAAAUGUGGUUGGCCCCCACGGAGGAAUGGUGGGACAGAUGGGCACGCCCCAGAGUAAGUUUGGCCUGCCGCAAGCUCAGCAGCCCCAGUGGAACCUCUCACAGAUGAAUCAGCAAAUGGCCGGCAUGAGUAUCAGCAGUACAAACCCCGCAGUGGGUUUUGGCCAGCCCCCCAGCACAACAGCGGGCUGGUCUGGAAGCUCAUCGGGUCAGACUCUCAGCACACAGCUGUGGAAAUGAAAACUGCACUGCAAGUUUCAUCCAGAACUACCACCUGACAUUCCUUGCUAAAACGCAUCUAGUUCCCCUGUUUAUUCAUGUACAUAUUUUUUUUUUCUUUUUCCCCAUUUGUUCAUAUUAGGAAUUAUCUGACUGACCGUGUUGGUCUGUACAGAUUAAAUUUGAUGUGAAAAGCAGGUUGAGAAACGAUUUUAUGUCAAGGGCAGCUUUGCUCAUUUCCCAUGAUUUCGUAAACCACAUUAUUUGAGAAGCUGCUCAGUCAACUUGCAUAAUCAGUUUUACUCUCGAUAAAAGUAUAGCUCUAAUGUUUGCAUAUAAGGGAAGUAGUUAUCAUGUUAGUAAUACCUCUAACAGUAUAAACCCCACCCCCAAAUUAGCCAGUAAUCCUGUAGGAAGGUACUGUAUGAUCAAAUGUUUAAUCAUAUAAAUAGAAUGUAAAUGUGUCACUGAGCACUGUUUUCUAGUGUAUCGAAGUUCUUUUAUUUCAUCAUUCACUUCACUGUGCUGUUGUUAUGAUGUGCUUAACAGGGAACGUGGUUAGUGAAAGGAAGAUAAACCUGGAUGUUACUACAAAACUUAGUUUAACGAAUGUUUAAAGAACUCAAAUUUUAUCUGCCUCUCUUGUAAUUUGGAUCUCUUCUUAUGUACAUAGUGCUAAUAACAUGAAGACCUUUCUCUGCACUAUAUGCAAACAGGGUAACUAAACAAAGCCACUUUCAAUCCUUGAAGGUAUAUCCAGGUUUAUGACAGUAAUUGUGUUUACAUUUUAUGGUGCCUAGUAUUGACAAAAUGUUAUAUCCCUAUAUUAAACAGAUAAAUCCAUA